UUCGCUCGCGCUCUGCAGUGAAACGGAGCCGAGGGGACGGCGACUCGGCCACAGGGGCGGAGUCUGCGCGGUACUGACGUCAGACGCGCCCGCGCAUCUGAUUCGGUGGAGACUCGCAGGGUAUCCGCGAGCACGACGCAGCGAGUGAUCCGACGGCGUCGACGGAGGAGAAAAGCGGCGGGUAUUGUCGUCGUCAUUCAGACGGUCAGCGAGCGCUCGAGUCCCGGGACGGAGGCGGCGAGGAGCGGGCGGCCACGGAGCCACAUAUCUCACGGUCCCGGGAGCACACUGUUCUCUACUCAAAUUUCCAUUUAAAAAGGGAAUAUAAAAGGGCGCGCGACGUCUGCGUGGAAGGAUCAUGCGAUGAGAAGGAGAAAGAAGCGCUCGGGCUGAAGUUGGAAUAAUUCCGCCGGACGGAUGUAUUCAUGUUGCUGUUUAAAUGCAUUCAGGGUUGGUAAAGACCUGCAGACCUCAGACUUACAGGCUACAGAAUGUUGAUUUUUUUCCCCCUACCCUUAUACGCACUUGAGAUUCUUUAAGGAGAACACGAAAAUUGUAUCCGCUAGUCGAAUUUCCUACUGCCUAAGUGGAUUUUAACCACGGAGCGUUUCGACACGUCAUCCCUCAUCUCCGAAAGAAGGACGCCUCGCUCCGCUCGCUCCUUCGGUUCUGUAAUAAUUUGGUUAAGGACCUGGCCCGCCGAUGCCAGCGGCCCCAGACUGCCUCCAUGGCCGCAUCAUGAAGUGUCUCACUUUCCUCCUCUUCCUUCCAGAAACGCUCAAGAGGUCCAGGAAGAGCGUGAAGCGCUCCGCCCGCCUGCCAGUAUGUUAUGAGAUCGUGACUCUGUCCCUGAAGAAGAAGAUGGCCGCGGAGCUGUACCCCGCGAGCACACAGACCAGCCUUCCCGCCAGCGGCACGAGCCUCAGCGCCCCCGCCAAGAAGAGCACGCUCCCCGUCCCGCACGCGACCCGCCCCACGGCCACGAGCGCCGCGCAGCAGAAUAUCAACAACAACAACGUCGAGACCACGAGCUGGCAGUCCGCGCACCCGACGCUGCGGGAGAGGAAUGCCUUAAUGUUCAACAACGAGCUCAUGGCCGAUGUCCACUUUGUUGUCGGACUUCCCGGAGAGUCUCAGAGAGUUCCGGCACACAAGUACGUGCUGGCCGUGGGCAGCUCGGUCUUCUGCGCCAUGUUCUAUGGAGACCUCGCGGAGGGCGAGUCCGAGAUCCACAUCCCAGACGUGGAGCCAGCUGCUUUUCUCAUUCUCUUGAAGUAUAUGUACAGUGACGAGAUCGACCUGGAGGCGGACACAGUGCUGGCCACUCUGUAUGCAGCCAAGAAGUAUAUUGUGCCCGCUCUAGCGAAGGCCUGCGUUAACUUUCUAGAGACUAGCCUUGAGGCCAAGAACGCCUGCGUGCUGCUGUCCCAGAGCCGGCUCUUCGAGGAGCCCGAGUUGACGCAGCGUUGCUGGGAGGUCAUUGACGCCCAGGCUGAGCUAGCGCUUUGCUCGGAGGGCUUCUGCGAAAUUGACCGGCCCACCCUGGAGAUCAUCCUCACCCGUGAGACCCUCAAUACUAAGGAGGCUGUGGUUUUCGAGGCUAUACUCAACUGGGCCAUGGCCGAGUGCAAGAGACAAGGGUUGCCUGCCACAGCGCGCAACAAACGCAGCGUAUUGGGCCCAGCACUCUACCUGGUUCGCGUGCCCACUAUGAGCUUGGAGGAGUUUGCCAAUGGAGCGGCCCAGUCUGAUGUUCUGACGCUGGAGGAGACGCAUGACAUCUUUCUGUGGUACACGGCAGCUAAUAAGCCCAAGCUGGAUUUCCCAUUAGAGCGGCGGAAGGGGCUGUCACCACAGCGCUGCCAUCGCUUUCAAUCCUCUGCCUACCGCAGUAACCAGUGGCGUUACCGGGGCCGUUGCGACAGCAUUCAGUUUGCUGUGGACAAGCGAAUCUUCAUUGCAGGUCUGGGUCUGUAUGGUUCAAGUGGCGGGACAGCUGAGUACAGUGUCAAAAUCGAACUCAAGAGGCAGGGCAUCACCCUGGCCCAGAACCUGACCAAGUUUGUGUCGGACGGGUCAAGCAACACCUUCUCGGUGUGGUUCGAGCACCCGGUCCAGGUAGAGCAGGAUGCCUUCUACACGGUCAGUGCCAUCUUGGAUGGAAAUGAGCUGAGCUACUUUGGGCAGGAGGGCAUGACAGAGGUGCAGUGUGGGAAGGUGACGUUUCAGUUCCAGUGCUCCUCGGACAGUACCAACGGGACAGGAGUACAGGGGGGGCAGAUCCCAGAACUGGUGUUCUAUGCAUGAGUCCUGCAACCGCACCCAUGUGUCGACAACAUACCACUCCUCUUCAACAGGAGUGCCAGAACUUCUCCUUGCCUUGGAGUAAUGUAGCAGUAAAACACUCUGGAACUAAGUUUUUAAAUGAAGGAAUGCUCUUCAACUAUUUAUUUAAAAAGACAACAAUAAUCAAUAUGAUUUACUAUUAUUAUUAUUGCUGCAGCAUGCAGUCCAAUGUAUAAAGUUGUAUUGCACUUGUAGUGGACACUACUGUUAGUGCAUUGUGUUUUGUACUUUUAAAGCCAACUGUAUACAGCUUGAAGCUGACUGAGAAAUGAAAUGUUCUGGAUUAGAGCUCAUGAACUUAAACCAUAAAAAGUUUUUCUGUGACUAUA